CUAUAAAUAUAUGCUGCUAUGUAUCUAGCCAAUAGCAGAGUCUUGCAUUGUUCAAUCCCCAAGUAGUCUAGUCUUCGAAGAAAUCAAGUUCAGCUAAGUUGUAGUAACUUGCAAGGCAAACGAGGAUGAAACUGAAAAGUGCAGCAUUUCUCAGCCUUUUGGUUUUGCAAUGUUUAGCAGUUUUAACUGUUGCCCAGAACGAUUUUGAUUUCUUCUACCUCGUUCAACAGUGGCCUGCUUCAUACUGCGACACAGAGCGUAGUUGCUGCUAUCCAACCACUGGGAAGCCUGCCGAAGAUUUCAGCAUUCAUGGGCUGUGGCCAAACCGCAAUGAUGGCUCGUGGCCAUCAAACUGCGAUGAGGGAAGUUCUUUUCAUGAAUCUGAGGUGUCGGAUCUAGUGAAGAGAAUGCAGCAAGAAUGGCCAUCCCUCGCCUGCCCAAGCAGCGACGGAGUCAGGUUCUGGAGUCACGAAUGGGAGAAACAUGGAACCUGUUCUCUCCUCAACCAGCACCAGUACUUCCAAACAGCUCUGGACCUCAAAGACAAGUCAAAUCUUCUCCAAGUCCUCAAGGAUGCAGGAAUUCGUCCAGGAAAGUUUUACAGCUUAGAGAAGAUAAAAGAGGCAAUCCAAGAAGGUGUUGGGUACACUCCUUUCAUCGAGUGCAACGUUGAUCAAGGCGGCAAUCGUCAGCUCUACCAAGUUUACUUGUGCGUGGACUCUUCUGCAUCUGAUUUCAUUGAGUGCCCGACAUUCCCACAUGGAAGAUGCGGUUCCGAGAUUGAAUUUCCCUCGUUUUCCUCCUUACAUGAUGAAGCUUGAUAGGCCACGGAAACCAUCUCUGAUCAUCAAUUGUACCACAUUUUCAUUUGACUACCUAUUUCCGUCCCUUUUCAAUUUACCUUUUUCUGCUUCUCACUAAUAAAAUAAAAUUAUUGCCCACCCAUAAUGUAUCACCAAGUGAUAGUUAUAUCAAGCUUCUAAUUUGGGACUUUAGAAAUUUUUUUCCCUUCUUUUUGAUGUUUAGCUUGCCGCUACAGAUGAAUGAUAAAUGGUUUCUAUAUA